UCCGGCGCUGAGCAGGAAGUGGGGCCUCACGGAGGAGUUGGCGUGGUUACUCUGUUCACGCCGGCUUCACCAUGUCGAAAGUUUCCUUUAAGAUCACGCUGACGUCGGACCCGCGGCUGCCCUACAAAGUACUUAGUGUUCCUGAAAAUACACCUUUCACAGCAGUCUUAAAGUUUGCAGCAGAAGAAUUUAAAGUUCCUGCUGCAACAAGUGCAAUUAUUACCAAUGAUGGAAUAGGAAUAAAUCCUGCACAGACUGCUGGAAAUGUUUUUCUAAAACAUGGUUCAGAACUGCGAAUUAUUCCUAGAGAUCGUGUUGGACGUUGUUAAUAUCUGCUACUUGGAGCAUAUGAUUUCCUUUCAUAAUAAAUAUUGGUAUUUUUUUGUUGUUGUAAAAUUGAAAUCAGGCAUUGAACAUACUGUGAAAAUACCAACAGUCAAUGGAAUAAUG